AUUUUGUAUUUUGCCGUUUAUAAAAUCAGCUCCGCCGCCCUUCGAGGGAGAGACUGAGACGCAUAGAGAGAUCCAGCCCGCGAGAGAGACGAGGCAGACAGGCAGAGAGAGGAACUGAUCCGCGACGUUGAGUGAGAGAGAGAUAGAGAGAGAGGACUGGGCUUUGGCGUGGUUGGCGGUGCUUCCACCCCAGUCCGGCCGGUGGUCAGCUUUGGUAGGCUCAGUUUCGGCUAGGGCCAUAGCACCGGAUUUCUCUUCCCCAUCAUUAAUUAGACAAUGGAAAUAGAUAGAGUAGAUGGGCGUACAGCGAACCAGUUGAGACCACUCGCUUGCUCCCGCAACAUCCUCAACCGUGCCCAUGGCUCUGCCAGCUGGUCUCAGGGAGAUACCAAAGUUCUUGCUGCAGUUUAUGGACCAAAAGUUGGAACAAAGAAGAAUGAAAACCCUGAGAAGGCUUGCAUUGAAGUGAUUUGGAAGCCUAAAACAGGGCAGAUUGGAAAACCUGAAAAGGAGUAUGAGAUGAUAGUGAAGAGGACUUUGCAAAGCAUUUGCGUUUUGACUAUCAACCCUAAUACCACCACAUCAGUUAUUGUUCAGGUUGUCAAUGAUGAUGGUUCUCUUCUCCCAUGUGCCAUCAAUGCAGCAUGUGCUGCUCUUGUAGAUGCUGGAAUUCCUCUAAAGCAUCUUGCGGUCGCAAUUUGUUGUUGUUUAGCAGAUAGUAGAUAUGUCUUACUGGAUCCCACCAAGCUAGAAGAGCAGAAAACGAAAGCAUUUGUAUAUUUGGUCUUUCCAAACUUGACUCUUUCUGUCAUAUCGGAAGGAUCAUUAAAGGUGGAAGGGGAGCCAGUGGAACAGGCAAUUAUUACUUCUGUUACCCAAGGUGCAAUGUCAGUGGAUGAUUAUCUUCACUGUCUUGAACGAGGACGUGCUGCUAGUGCGAAGAUGUCUGCUUUUCUCAGGAGGAGCUUGCCACCGCAAAUCCCUAGUGACUCAUCUAAAGCUGGGUGAUUUCAAAUGUUAUUGGGAGUAAUCUACAGACAAUGUCAAUGGAAGUUUUACUGGUGCUGGUUUUUAAGCCAAUCCUUUCUAAAUGUUGGCGGUUGUACCUGAUGAAAAGGAGGCCAUAUGUGAAGGAUAUGCAUGUAACAUUUGGCUGGGUGUAUAACCCCACUGGUAGGUGGGUUUUUAAUCCCACAGUUGGUUUUCCUGACGAAAUUGUAAUUGUAGGUUCAAUUUAUAUGAAGAAUUAAUAUAUUCUACAUCUUGUUCUCUCCCCACCCCAUUUUUUGUAAGUAUGUUCCCCUUUUUCUCA